CACAAUAACCCAUUAUUUGCCAGUUUGCCAUCAUGGCGUCCGCUAUAUUGUUCCUUUGUUUGAUGGGUUUUCUGGACGCUUCUUUUUCUCAAAAGCAAACUGAAAGCCAGCCGGUCGGGAGCUCAUCUGGCCAAAUCGUAACGCCGUCGGUUCUCGGAUCGCUGUUGACUUUCAGUCAGCGCUUAUCAGACAUAGAGCGACUAAUCAAAUCCCACGACAAAAAGAUCCUAGAGCAGGAAGAAACGAUAGAGAACUUGAAGCGAGCUGUCAAGGAGAAAGCUAGCAUGUUGGAUGUCUCCAAAGUAAAGAACGAGCUACAGAAUAACGUAGCACAAGUGAUGCAGGACGUCCGUAUUCGCACAAGGGAGAUAGAGCGAUACAGGUCCAAACUAAGAACCAUUGAGUCAGCUUACUCGACUACAGACCAAGAGUUCGCGCUGACUCGUGGGAAGGUCUUGGAGCUAGAGGACAGGUUUGGUCAGUUCAGUGCGAACUGCAGAACAGUGAAGACCGGGUGGAGGCAGCGCGCGAAUGGCGAGAUCAUGUUCCUCGACAGACACCACGUCAGGUGCAGAAACGACGAGCUCCUCCAGUCCUUCCAACUCGCACGCAGGAGCGACUACGAGGAUGACAUGGUGCGAUACGUGUACAGAUGCUGCAGGCUCACACUGUGAACUACACGCGUGAUAAACACGAUACUCUCGCGGCAGACACGCAAAACGCGAGAUGGACAGCGUUACGUCAAAGAUAUGCAGGGGGAUUACGCACAUAUGACGACACGCGAGUCACGUGAACCUUGCACAUGGCCAAUAAGCAGAGAGAAGUCAGUCACAAAUUUGCUGUUACAUAUUGUUGUCUUCUUGAACAGUAAAACGUAUACACCCAUUUUAAAAACCUUGCCAGAGGAAAAGGCAAAUGGCACUUGAGAUUUCGGAUGAUCUUAUUAAUUUUGUUAAAAUCAGAAUAAAGCGUAUCCUAUCUAUGUAUACUUUAUACAUAGUCUUAAAAUUUAAAAAGUAAAAUACAAUAUAUGUACAUAUUUAAAA